AUGGCGGAGGUGCGAUGUAGGUGCGGGUAUUUGGCUCCAAUGAAGAUGUCAUGGAGUUAUGCUAACCCAGGGAAGAGAUUUAGGGCAUGUCCAAGAUACGGAUGUGAGUUCUACUCUGCUCAGGGAAAUGAGAGUUGCAGGUAUUUUGAAUGGAUGGACUAUGAUGUCUCCGAUCGUGUAGCAAAUGUCAUUAGAGGAUUGUUGAAGAGGGCAGACAAGUAUGAGAAGGAAAUUGACAAGCUGCACUUGACAAUUGAGAAAAAGGAUCAUGAAUUUAAUAAGAAGAUUUGGGAGUCCAAUUUUAAGUUUUUGUAUGGAUUUGGAAUUGGUUUUCUAUUUGCAUUGUUUGUCAUGAAUACAUGGAUGAAAUUUGAUGUAGAAAAUGUAGGGUUAUUGCAGCUUAGGUAG